UUGGAAGCAGGCGGCCGCACUCGUAUCGUGGUUAGGUCUGCUCUACUGUACGGUAGAGCAUCGGCAUGUCCCUUGGAAUUGGCCUGAUGAUUCGGAGGGCGUCGGGAUGGGGAGCAUGAGAGACGGCGGCGUUAGUCAGAUGGAGAGUUAGAAUUACCCCGCAUUUUGUCACACGACGCUGGGGUGUCUCAGCCGAACAAGGGCACACGGCUCAUGGUCUGGUCAGAUAACCUGUUAUCUCCUCAGGCCUCCGUUAACCCUCACACCACGCCGAGCCCAAUCGCUGCCUUUUCUUCCCUCCCACUCCCGCCCCUUUCUUUCCUUCUCUCCUCCCUCUCACAUCCUUUCUGUCCACUCAAAAGCAGCCAGAAGGAAAAUUCCACAUCCGCAAUCAAACACCAUCAAACGCAAGUUGAGAUUAGUCUCGAUCGAACGGACACUCAGCAAUAAUGGCCGCUACUAAAUCUAAGUCUGACGUCCCUCCUGAAAACGAUGCUCCAUCUAGCUCUAAGGCUGCCGCGAAGGGAAGCCAUCGUAGGGGAAGCUCUUCCGUCACGGACGUUUACAAACCAGCUGAACUCAGUAUGCCUUGCUGAUUUAUCGCUCUCGCUGGCAAGGAUGCUAAUCAAUUCAAAGAGGACAUCAUCGGGGAGGAAGGAACCUUAAGAGUCGCCAAAGAGAUUUCUAGGCUGAACUGGUUUGUCUUCCCCCUCUCCCCCUACUGCUGGUGACACGGCACGCGGCUAAUGGGGCAAUCUUUUUAGGAAACUGAAUACCCACCCCUCGCAUCUCGAUGACUGGAAAUCUCUCAAGGAAAUCCCAAUAACCACCCCCAAAGUCAAAGUGUUAGACGUUUACUUUCCUCUCGGAUUGCAUGUCACCGCCCGUGCGGGAUCUUCCUCCACUGUUGGUGUUAGUGUUUAUGACGUGCUGGUCGCGAUUCACAAGCAGUUCAAGAAGAAGGUAGAUACUCCGAUUCCCCUACCUACCCCUUAUGGAAUGUUUACUAACUGGAUAGGCGGAUGACGAACUCGAGAUGCCCGUGCUCGGAAACCUUGAGUGGGGCCGCUCUGAGGAUCUCAGCAGCAAGGAGCACUGGCCUGCUGUUGUCCUUGUGGCACAGAAGAAGGAGGCGCCCGCAACUGGGAAGAAGAAGAACUAGUCUUCUUAAUGCUCUUAGCUGUUAGAUCACUUCUAUAGAGGUUUUCUGAAUAAAUCCUGGCUGGUAUCACCUGUGUAUAUUUUAUUCGGGCGUGCCAUGGGGGUCCGUGGUCGCCUUGUGUACAGUACUCGUAACCAGAUAUUCCCGCACCAAACUCAGGGACGAUGACGGACUACGGUAUGUUGAGUACUCGUACCAUCUACGCAGGGAAUUCCACUUUGCAGGUUUCCCCUUUUCUACCACUCACCCGAGCUUAUGCUGGCUGUCUGCUCUGUUUCCAGCCCUCUAGGCGAGUGACAUCACAUGAGUAACCUAUACGGGAACGUUUUGUCCGGAGGCUUCGACAGGUGCCGAGAUCUGGGGGAUUGGGACUGCGCUGUUUUUGGCUCUUAAGUUAUGGCUCAGGCCUAGACUGGAAAGGUGCUGGAUACGAAUGGUUUGGCGAGUGUAGAAUACGAACGUGCAUGCUAAUGCUCUAGAUAAGCCCGAAGGCACAUUGAAGCGGCGGUUGGGUGGGCUCCUGCAUUGAAGAGAGAUCUUGACUGGGGGAGAUAGCCGGGCACCGAAAUAUAAAUAUUGUGUUACUGGGGCCGUAGUGUAUUGGUUAACUGUACUAGGUACCAUACGCAGUAGUAUACAAGUCCGAGAAGGAAGCAUCCCACAGGGGCUAUAAAAAGAGUUUGUCACCCCUAUGAUCGAGCACUGUUGAGGUUAUCCUGUUUGGGAUCUGGGUCGAUAAUGUGUUGGUAUGGCAUCUGGUAGUUGAGAAUUUGGGAGCGCGGCUCCCCGCGGUGUUGAUAGUUCUUGGACCGCAGUCAUCGUUGGGGGAUGCAGCACAAGUACGGGCGGGGCCGUACCAAAAUACGGUAGCCGAAAUUCAAGGCCUUGUGGAUUGCUAUUUGCAUCCCCACCACUUAUUCAAUCAGAAUCAAGAAUAUAUAUCAACAGGUGGCUAACGAAUUAGAGAUUCUGAGAUCUG